GACCGGAGGAAUAGGUGAAAGUAUUCGUGUUCACACUGGGGGUCCCGGGCUUGGGCAAGAUGAGCCCAUAACUUAGAGACGUCCUAAGUGCGCUGCGCUGGCCCUGCAUGCCCCCCGGGACAUUCAUUUUCUUGGUCUCAACCCUGUGAAUUCACUGGGGUUGGCUACUCCCAGGGAGGAAACUGUCCCUUCUGUCUGAGGCUCACCAAGUUUCCCAGGACACUAAAAUGUUGAAGUGACCAGUCCAGGGUCACCCACCAGGAGGUGUGUCAGAGGAGACACAAGAAACCCGGGUUUCCUCCCUCUAGACUGGCUCUUUAUCCACUUCCCCACGCUGUGGCUUGGACCCACACGUAAACAGAAAAAAAAAAUUUUAACGUUCAUAAAGAGAAAUACAGAGCUUGAAGUAAUCUUAGAAGACAGAAAUAGAACUGGAAGGAAUCUUGGAACAUAGAAUGUCAAAGCUGGAAGGGCCCUUAGAACAUGAGCCAUUUAACAUAAAACAUGUCAGAGACGGAAAGGAACAUGGCUGACAUCUAUCUGGUCCUACUUCUUGGUUUGUCAGAUGGGGAAACUGAGGUCAGGAGAAGAUGUGAAGGGCCCAAGGUCACACGACAAGCUGUCCUGCUUGCCUCCAUGGCAGCUGCUGAACUGUUGCUCUUCCCUGAAGACCUGAACAGGCUACCUGGAAGUUCAAUUAGAUGGCGGAUUUCCGGAGGCCCCUCUGGUUAUGUCAACUAUACAUGGUACCGGGCAAACGCAUCCAUUGAAGCAAAUAUGCUUGUUUCAUACAUCUCCUCCCCUCCUAGCUGGAUUCCUGGCCCUGCAAAUGCUGGCUGGGAGAAUGUGACUCAAAAAGGCUACCUGACCAUCACAGAAUUAGAGUUUGGUGAUGCUGGGAACUACUCGAUAGUGGUGACUGGCAUUGAGGGAUCCCAGGAGGACACUGGACAGAUCCAGGUCUGGGGUAAGCCAGAUUCCUACUCUGUCUCCCCUGCAAGGGACAACCAUGGCAUCCAAGAGGUAGGGGCUAUCUCGUGCCUCUGAGAUCCCAUGCCUGAAAGGGGGUAUACAGCCUCUACUUGGAUGCCUCCAGGAAUGGGGAGCUCACCACCUCUCUAAGAAGUUCACCUUACUGUUAGAUAGUUAGGAAGUUGCUUGGAGGCUCUAGCCCUGAGCCUGUCUCACAAACUUUUGUGGGCCUCACUCCAAGAAUACAGUUGAGUGGGACAAGACAGUGGGUUUGGGUAGCCAGGUUUCCUGCGGACAAAUGAUCUCUGGCAUCAGUGGGAGCCAAACAGGAAGAGUCACUUCCCCUUCCCACCUCCCAAAGAUUUCUAUAAGAGAGGAAGCAAAGAAGAAGGGUAGAGAGGCCUGUGAGACCAGGCCAUCCUGAGUGAGGAGAAGCUGAAGACCUGGAGUUGUACAUGGUGGAGACAGAUGAGGAGCUAUCCCAUGGAAGAGGGAGAAGCCCCCUUGGGCUGAGCCAGGAAUAGUGGGGGAACCUUCCCUGACCCCCUGGUUGGUGCCUUCACCUUUCCUAAAUUAUCUUAGGUUUUCUCAGCGGUUUGAAUGUUAGAUUCCCUAGAAGAACAUAAGCUGCUUGAGGGCCGGGAGCCUGGGGGUUUUUUGUCAUUCAUGUGGUCUGGCUUUGCCUUCCUGAGAUCUGGGAAAGGGGGGCUGGCAUUUGGCCUGGAUCUGGAGAGGGCUGGCCCCCAUCUCUUCAUCCCCCUCUGCCC